AUGCGACCCAUGCGCGGCGGUCGCCCCAAUAAAGUCACGAAACCCAGCAGCGCGGCCACCGCCCGACGGCCCAGCCGCCAGUCCCUCAUGGCCGCCGCCUCGGCCAUUGACCCGGACCUGACGGCCGGCGACGACAGCGCCCUCGUCGACGUCGCCGGGGGCCUCGACGAGAAGCACGACAUUGUCGGUGGCGAUUUCGCGACGGCGGCGGACGUGGACCUCGGCGGCGGGGAGGUGGGCGACGACGACGACGUUAUGGGCGACGCCGAGGCCGAGGGCGAGAUGGUCGACGACGACGACGCAGACGCAGAGGCCGCCGCAGCGGCAGUGCAAGCGGCGGCAGCGGCCCAGAACCUCGACCUCGGCGCCGCGGCGGCAGACAUGCUCGCCAACGGCGGCGGCAGCCUCAUGGGCGGCGCCGGCGAUCACGGAGACGGCGGCCCAGACUCUGCGUACCCGGAGCCCACGUCGCAAGCGCACGGCAUGGACUUUGGCGAGGCGGCACACCAUCACCAUCACCAUCAGCAGCAGCAGCAGCAGCAGCUGAGCGAGCAGCACGUGCCCCAGCCCGACCACACACAUCCGCAACAACACCAACAACACCAGCCGCAAGACGGCAGCAACAACAUGGCCGCCAAGGCGACGGAGGAGGUCGCGCGCGACUGCGGCUACGGCGGCAUCGUCGUCGAGAGCGCCCUGGCUAAGCGGCUCGCGCGCGAGAGGGGACUGAGGCCUGCGCAGCAGCGGCGGCCGGAGCAGCAGCUCAACCUGGCGCGGCGCAGCAACGUCGAGGCCCUGUUUGCGCACAUCGCGGGCGAGGAGGUCCCCGCGCCGUGCAAGAACUGCCACAAGGGCCACGGGCCGUGGACGACGUGCGUCGUCGUCGACGGGCAGAUGUGCGGCAGCUGCGCGAACUGCUGGUACAACGCCUCUGGAGCCCGUUGUUCCUUCCACGGUAGGAGCCCCUUCCCCCCCCCCCCCCCUUCCCUUUCCUCAAGUCGAACUGUUCCCUCUCUGACUCCCAUCAUGCACCCCCACGCGCACCACCUCGCCGCCCUGGCCUCCCCGGCCGACGCCAACCCCUACGCCAUCCCGCCGCCCUCCGCCACCGCCCAGGCGCUCGCGUCCCAGGUCGCCGCCGCUGCCGCCACCGCCACGACGGCGGCCGCCGGCGGCGGCGGCGCGGCGGGCCACCAGCUCGGCUCCUCGUUCAACUUUGCCGCCGCGCUGGCGGCCAACGACCCCAUGGUGCGCUUCACGGUCGAGCGCGCCAUGGCCGAGGUGCGCGGCGCCGACCCCAAGUCGCGCCAGCUCAUGCUCGUCGAGAUCGCGGCCAAGCAGCUGGCGCUGCACAUGAUCGAGUACGAGGAGAUGGGAGGCGGAGGCGGAGGAGCGGCGGGGGCGGGGGCGGCCGUCGGCCAGGACGUGACGGGGCACCAGCACCAGCAUGUCCAGCACGCGCCGCAGCAGCCCGCCCCGGAUAUGGGCGAUGACGGGACGAGUUGA